AUGCCACGAACGUUGCAGAGCAUACACGAAGAAAUGGGCAUUGUUCAAGAUGAAGUCACGACUGGCGUUCGAGAAAAAACUGGCGCACAACUAAACAGUUCUUGCUCAACUUCGAGAACUUCUGCUUCAUCGUCUUCGUCCAAGAACACUAGGAAAAAAAACAAAUCUACUUCAGACUCCAGCAAGUGGCAGAGGAUCUGCACAGGCACAGGAAUAUUGAACAAACAGAUGAAAAAGCCGUCUUUGGUAUGGGCGUCUUUGAAAUUGGUGCGGGACAUAUGCGAGGAAAUGGGUCUGGAAAUUCCUGUACGAGACGAUACGCGGGAACAGGAUGCCCACAUAGUACUCGAAAUCAUGAAGAAAAUACCACAGCUAGCAGACGAGGCCGUGGACACAACUUCUAAUACCAGUAACUGUGCCACAUCUUCUACUGCUGCUAGUGCUAGCGCUACAACAUCAGGCUCCACUCCUAGAUCUGCUAGAUCUAAAUCGACUCCAAAAACAGGACACCAAAAAGGAAAUCUCCUACCGAAAGCAGUCCUCCAAGCACCAGAAGUAGAUGAGGAGUACGAGUUUGCUAAGCUAUUCGACGACGACGAUGACUCGCCAAGGUCUACUAAAAGUCGAGGAAGUUCUCGUGGUGGUACUGUUAAUAGAGUGUCAUUCUUCAACGAGCCCCCGUCGAAAGCACAAGAUCUCCUAGUUGUGCCAGCACCGUCUAGUUCGACAAGAUCCUCGUCUUCUACCUCGACGAGAGCACAUGCAGGAACGCUCCUGAAGCAGACGGACGUGCGUCUAAAAAGCCCUAAGCUGAGUCCAGUCCUAAGCCCCCACCAACAUUUCACCAAACACGCUAACGACGAUGCUACUUUGAAUGCUCCUCCUAGACGGGAGCUAAAAACCGAACGGUUGACCCCACUAGAACGAAUGAAGCUCCUAGACCUGUCCUGCGACAUCUUGGCCUGUGUGCGGCAUAAGGGUGGCUUCGCGAAGCACGUCAAGGACAUUAAUCUUGCACCAGCGAUCGCACUGAUUCUGGCAACUAGGGCUUUGUUUGGAGCCCAGUUUGUCUCGAUGCAUGACAUUCGAACACUGGUAUGGGAGUCCUGUGGUGCAAGCAGCAGAACCAAUUCAACUACAGCAUCAAAACAAG